AUGGCGUCGCGAGCUGGAGCAAACAGUCAGCCUCGGGGGGUUUGCUUUUUGUUCGCCAAAACCGGUCGUUGUCAUUACGGAGCUAGAUGCAAAUUUCCUCACGCUGCUGCUUCUACUUCAUCCCAGAGUCUUGCAAGUUCUGCCCAACCACGACUGAACAGACCCCAGCGAACAAGAAAUGAGCCAGAUGACAAAUUUGGAAGCUGGAAACUCUCUGUUCCCAGAGGCACAAACAAUUUCCCUCCCACGCCUCUUCCUCCCCUCUUCUUUCAACAUGCUCUGGCAUAUGUGGAAUCGGAAGUUGGAGUGAUGCAAGAGACAGUUGUCACCCUGGCCAAGGAUGGUGGAUUGCAACGAAUAAAACAAGUGGUCGAGCGCAGCUUGGAAGGCAUGAGCAUGGAUGCACGCUGGAAAACGGUCAAAGAGCAAGCCAUACCGCUUUGUCAGGUCAUCACCCAUCCACACGUGCUAGCGUCCACCUUGCUUGACGUUCACCUUGGGAAUAUCUACAAUUUCAUUUACGGCUUCCAAGGCCAGCGAGCAUUGCAAUUCUUCAGGCCGCUCUUUGAUACGCUCGCAGACCGUAUCCAAGCCGACGCUUCACCAUCGGAAAUUGAAGCGGUCGUUAAAACUUUCUCGAAAAUCAUCGACUGCAACACUCACGCCUUGGUGAAUGAUGGCCUCAGGCCGCUUGCAGAUUCCCUUUUUAACGUCGUUGCCCAGAUUGACGAAGUGGAAGCUCAUGAAUCAAGAAAACUGGUCAAUCGCAUUAAUCAGCGUCUAGGAAUAGGUCGGGAGCUGUCAAGUUGGAAACCUCCGAAGACAACUUCACCUCCAAGAGCCAUAUUCACGCUUCAACAAGAUCUGCCUGGAGAGCUAUCCAAUGAUGGACCGCGUCAUGACAAUGACUAUGUGAAUGCUUAUGACAUACAAAUUAUGCCCACAUUCGAGGAAAUCAAUUCAACACGCCCCGAGUACCUGCCUUCCAUGAGCCAGCAGGAUUGGCAUCUCCCCGGAGUGUCAGGACUCCUGGACCGACACUUCCGUCUUCUUCGGGAGGAUACCGUGGGACAGCUUCGAGAUGCUGUAAAACAAGAAAUGCAAGCUUCCCACAAUCUCGCAAGUGGAGGCAAAUGUCAAGGUCCACGAAAAUUGACAUACGAGAAUGCCCGGGUUGUGAAACUUGAUUUCAGUAAAUGGCAGGGCUUGCUGAUCACGAUUGGUUUCGAUCAACCUACUCAUCUUAAGCAUCGCUCAGCCAAACAGAGGAAAGAGUGGUGGGAAUUUCAGAAACGCCUUCGGGUGGGUUCCCUCCUUUGCUUCCUUUCCAACGGUGCUUUAAUAUUCUGCUCGGUCACUGAACGUAGAUCAACAAAACCAUCAGCCACAAACGACGAUUCGUCGAGCUCAGACGAUGAUCGGGUUCAAAAUCAACCUGAACAGCCUCUGGACUUAUUUUCGGACCCCCUUCGUGCCUUUACUACUGUCUCGCUGGUUAGUGAUGCCACAGAAGACGUCCUAGGGCUCAUGCAAGCUCCUGUUUCUGUACAUGCCAAGAUAGUUGAGUUUCCUGGUGUGCUGUUGCCGUCAUUCGAGCCGACUCUACGCGCUCUGCAAGCAAUGCUCCGAAAUCCUGAGAUACCCUUUUCGGACUAUAUUGCACCCGAAUCUCAAGCAGACCUAUCGACAGUUGCAGCUCCUUACUACGCCACCAAACCAAAUUUUGAGUUCGACCUCAGCUGCGUCAUGAAAGAUAAGAGUCCAAUAGGAGUUGCCAUCAAUGAUGACUCCAACCAUGAAGCAUUCCGAGAGAAGUCUGUUCUCGACAGGGCCCAGGCUGAUGCACUCCUGGCAUCGCUGAAGCGCUCGCUGGCUCUGAUUCAGGGACCUCCCGGAACGGGUAAGAGCUUCACCGGCGUGGCACUCAUCAAAGUUCUUCUGGCGGUACAAGCACGUGCUAAGCUUGGUCCGAUCCUCUGUGUGUGCUAUACCAACCAUGCACUCGACCAGCUCCUAGAGGACCUGGUGCGUCACAGCAUUGAUCAAAUUGUCCGCAUUGGAUCUCGGUCGAAAUCCGAGGUGCUGCAGGCGUGCAACCUUCGUGUCCUGGCCAGCAUGAUCGAUUUGACCAGAACCGAGAAACAUGAGCACUGGACUCUGAAGUUGAAGCUUGAUGAAGACGAAAGGAACAUUUCUAGAGUCCUAAAGAGGCUUACGGUGAAAGGGGACGUUGCAGCACUCAAAAGUUACUUAGAGAUCUAUCAUCCCACAUCUUACCGGGCUCUCUUCUUCGGAGAGGCCAAGGACGAUGACGGUUAUGAGGUGGUUGUCCAUCACAAGGCAUAUCUGUUGAAUGCCUGGCGGAAGGGCGGCUCGCGCCACGGUCCUGUCCGCCGACUCCGGACUCUACUUAGUGAAUCAGACAUCCAGUCUCUGAAUAACCCGGAGAGACAGCGGGUAUACUACCAUUGGUUAGCCGAAUCAAAAAAGACAACCCGGGCCGAACUGUUGACUGCGCUAGCAGAAUACAAGGAGCACAAAGAACAGUUCGACCAGGUCCGAGCAGGUGUUGAUCUUCGAUGUUUGCAACAGGCCAAGGUCAUCGGUGUAACAACGACAGGUUUGGCAAGAACUCUACCACUUCUCAGGAAGCUCAAUUCCAAAGUCCUUGUCUGCGAAGAAGCCGGCGAAGUGCUUGAGGCGCAUAUCCUUACCGCACUCCUCCCUUCUCUAGAGCACGCAAUCUUGAUAGGUGACCAUCUUCAACUUCCCCCACAUAUCCAAAGCUACGAACUUUCAAGAGAGAGUUCUUCCGGAAAGCGACAUUCUCUGGACAUAUCCUUGUUCGAAAGACUGGUGACUCCUUCGUGCUCCACCCAGUCCGCCGUGCCUUAUAGCGCCCUGGAGACACAGCGUCGAAUGCACCCCUCGAUCUCUGAACUCAUCCGCAGUACGUUAUAUCCAAGACUGUGUGACUCUUCGGCGGUUGAUUCAUAUCCGUCCAUUACCGGGCUAGCUAGGAGACUCUUCUGGCUUGAUCAUGCAAAUCCUGAGGACGGCGCUCUAUCUGAUCCGGAUAGUACGACUUCUCACUCGAAUGAAUUUGAAGUCAAGAUGGUCACUUCACUGGUUUCCCAUCUUGUUCGACAGGGUGUUUACCACGCGAAUGAUCUAGCGGUUCUCACCCCCUACCUCGGCCAACUUCAGAAAAUCCGUAGAGAGUUGCAAGGAUUGUUUGAGAUCUCUUUGACUGAAGGCGAUAUACUCGAGUUAGAAAAGGAAGAGGUCGGCAAGGACAAUAAUGAGCCUAGUCACAGUACUGUACCUUCGUUGCAGAAGACCCCACUCUCGCGGGCACUCAAGGUGUCUACUAUUGACAACUUUCAGGGAGAAGAGGCCAAAGUUGUUAUUAUCUCCUUGGUGAGAAGCAAUGACCAGAACAAGUGUGGGUUCCUUCGGACUUCGAAUCGCAUCAAUGUCCUUCUCUCCCGCGCCAAACACGGAAUGUACAUCAUUGGAAACUCUCGAACCUCCGGCCACGUUCAAAUGUGGGGCUCUGUGAUCGAAAUGCUUCAAUCUGACGAUAACUUCGGCGAGCGCCUCCAGCUUCAAUGUCCCCUGCGGUCAAGUGCCUCGAGCCUUGUCCAAGACCUUUAA